AUGGGUUCUACGAAGGAUGAGGCCAAUCCAGGGGCGAACGUCGUAGACGACAAUGGAUUUCGGCUCGAUCUCGAAAACUCGCAACCGUCGGAUCAAAAGGCUGAAGUUCGGCAAGGUGACUCUAUCCAGUCGAGAGAAGAGGACCCCAUUGAAAACCCCGAGAUAAAGACGGUCAAAAUCGAACGAGUUCUACGCCAAAUAGAGUUGUGGUUGGGUCAGAAGCUGAAUAUUGAGACUCAAGGAAUCGAACGAAUCAAGGAGGAAGAUAAACAGCCGCCAUCUCUUUGGAAUGCUUUCCUGAUGUGGUGGAUUAACCCGAAGAUGAUAGCUUGGUUUGCGCUCCAUGGCAUCCUCACCGGCUACGCUGUCAUUAGCACCACUGUCUCUGGCCAGUUACUCCCGGCAGCUGCCGACUACACCGUCUCGACCAACGUUGGCAUAUUUAUUGUUUCUGCCCUGUCUCUGGCCAUUUCCUUCUUUGGAUUCUCGAUCAUUCACAAAUUCGAAAGCUAUUCAUGGAUCCUUGCGUUCGUCCUUUUAUGUGUCCUUCUUGGGCAGAGCGCACCACAUAUAAAACCUGAGAUGAUAUACUUCAACCAUAGACGGGAAGGGUUCGCGGCUAGUUUUCUAUCAUACCUCUCAUUCACAGUUGCUGGAACAUCUGGCUGGUCCACCGCAAUUGCCGAUUACUACUGCCAUUACCCGACAAAGAUCUCUUCCUGGAAGCUUACCACGUUGACUCUUGCUGGCUUUGCCUCUUCAUCUGUAUUCAUCUCCAUUAUCGGCACUUGCAUUGGACUCAUUGCUCUCGAUCCAACGGGCCCCUUUUCAGAAGCCUUCAAAUCCCAUGGUCUUGGUGGGGUAGUUCGAGAGAUAUCACACCCUCUAGCAUGGUCAAAGUUCAUGCUUGUGAUGCUCCUAUUCACCGUUCUUGGGGGGCUAAUUGCGAAUUAUUACUCAUGUGGCUUGUCCAUCCAGGUCCUGGGCCAGCAUUUCCGAUAUCUUCCUCGAUUCAUCUGGAGUCUCCUAAUAGCGAUACUCGUCACGACCUUAUCAGUUCUCGGUAAAGACCAUCUUAUCGAACUAAUUGGAAACCUGGGAAAUAUGUUAGGAUACCUGACUGCUGCCUAUUCCGUUAUCUUAUUUAUGGAGGAUAGAUGGUUUAGGAGACACGAUGGAUACGACCUGACGGCGUGGAAUGACAAGCACAGGCUUCCAUGGGGGCUAGCCGCAGUAGCAUCGCUGGUGGUGUCCUAUAUGGCUGGCGCAAUACCAGGAAUGAACACAACAUGGUUUAUUGGACCUAUUGCCGCUAAGUUUGGCACUCCAGCCGGGGAUGUAGGGCUGAUAUUGAACACUACCUUCACUGUUAUCACCUACUUUACCUUCCGAACUAUCGAAAAGCGUAUGGUUGGAAGGUAG